AUGAAGUUAAUAUUCUUUUAUCGGUUUAAUAUUCACAAAGAAUUAGUUUUUUAUGGAAAACUCAACAAAAAAUUAUCAGAUUACCAAAUCUUGGCCAUAGUACAGAAUGUAAUAGUCAAAGUAUAUGAGAAGAAGGAGAAGGAUAUGGAUGAACUUUCAAGAACUUUAAGUAGUGAUAUUAUUAAGGAUGUUACAGUGAUAAUUGAAUCUUUAACUAUUGAACAAAUAAUUAACCUUAAUAAUCAUCUUAUUAUUGAUAGUUUAGGAAGAAUUCCAGAAGAAGAUAUAGAUAUUUUAGAUAAUGAUCAAACUUUAUAG